AAUGUAUAUUUAGCAUUUUGUAGUAAUAAUUAAUUGAGAGUAGAUAAGAAAAAUCGAUUGAACCGACAAAAGAAAGAGGAAAUGGCGAGAGAAAUUGAGGUAGUGAGCAACAAACAAGUGAUAUUCAAGAACUAUGUCACUGGUUUUCCCAAGGAAUCAGACAUGAAUGUAACCACUUCUGAAGUUGAAUUAACAGUACCAGAAGAUUGUAGAAAUGGUGUUCUUGUCAAGAAUCUGUAUUUGUCUUGCGAUCCUUAUAUGCGUAGUCGUAUGAGAAAUAUCCCUUCCGAUGAUCCUAAUUUCUCUCCUUUUCUCACUGGUUCGCCAGUAAAAUCACUUGGAGUGUGUAAAGUGGUGGAUUCUGCACAUUCUGAGUUCAAGAAAGGUGACUUGAUAUGGGGUUUGACCAACUGGGAAGAGUACACUCUUAUAAAAUCGCCCGAGGGCUUCUUUAAGAUACAACAUACUGAUGUUCCCCUUACGUACUACACUGGAAUUCUUGGUAUGCCUGGUAUGACUGCUUAUUUUGGUUUUUACGACAUCUGUAGUCCCAAGAAAGGAGAACGUGUGUACAUUUCAGCUGCAUCUGGUGCAGUUGGUCAGCUUGUUGGGCAGUUUGCAAAGUUGUCUGGCUGUUAUGUUGUUGGAAGUGCUGGAAGUAAAGAGAAGGUUGAACUGUUGAAAAACAAGUUUGGUUUUGAUGAAGCUUUCAACUACAAAGAGGAGCCUGACUUUGACUCAGCCUUGAAAAGGUACUUCCCAGAAGGCAUUGACAUAUACUUUGAAAAUGUUGGAGGCAAAAUGCUUGAUGCAGUUCUUCUAAACAUGAGAGUCAAUGGUCGCAUUGCUGCUUGCGGGAUGAUUUCCCAGUACAAUCUUGAGAACCCGGAAGGAGUGCAUAAUUUAAUGACUAUAGUUUACAAGCGGAUCCUUAUCAAAGGAUUUGUUGUCGUGGAUUACUUUAACCAAUACUCCAAAUUCCUGGACUUCAUGUUGCCCAAGAUCAAAGAAGGGACGAUAACUUAUGUGGAAGACAUAGCCGAAGGCUUGGAGAACGCUCCUGCUGCUCUGGUAGGCCUUUUCAGUGGCCGCAAUGUUGGGAAACAAGUAGUGGCAGUUGCUCACGACGGCGGAAUCAGAAAAUGAGGAGUGGGUGAGAGUAGCAAAAGGGCUGUUAAUUGGAGAAUUAGGUAAAGUGAGAUGAUUAAAGAGAAAAAUUA